AUGUCAGCCUCCGCUCUUGCUUCCGACAACCGCGCCACGGAGCCCAGCAGCGCGUCUGCAGCAGACCCUACAACUGCCCUUCUAGCAUCGUCACCUCCAGCAACAUCCACUUCAGCACCGCCAGCAACCUCCUCUCCUGCCGCUACGGCACCGGAACCCGCUAUCGAUUCCCGUCUCUCGCCCUUCUCCGCUCCCUCAAAGUCGGUGCCUCCCUCGCCGCCCCAGACUCCCCUGAUAAAGCCGUCGGCAGUGCCUCCGCUGCCAGACCACCACUCACACCCGUCCCUCAAGCGCACCAACACCUGUCCCGGCCUGACGCCCACCUCUUCCUCUUCCUCGGUCUCUACCUUUGCCGUCAAGCCGUCCUCGGGUGCACAGCAGUACGGCUCUCAGUCUCCCCAGCUGACGGAGCGGGACUCCAUCUUUGCUACUCACUAUCUUCCCUCAGAGCCAGACACCGAACAGGAACAGGAUCAGGACCAGGACCACCAGGACAGGGCAGACGAGCAGCAGGAGGACAGCCAGGGCACUUACGACUUCCGUCCCCGCCAGCUGAACACCAGAUAUGUCAGUACGCUCUCCUCGUCUCUCGGUUCGGCACGAUGGCAGCCAGCUCCCUCGCCAGAUCCAACGCCAACUCUAGAUGAUCGCAUGACCCACCAACAUCGCCAGCAGCACCAGCAGCAGCAGCAACAGCAUCAGCAGUUCGCAUUGCCCACCCGCUCUCGCACAGUAACCGACUUCUCUUCCCUCUCAAACCACAAUAACACCGGUCCAGGUCCAGACAGAGGUCGAGGCCACCACUCCCAGGGCCAGGAUCAGGAUCAGGAAGAAUCGUCUUCUGGAACUGACACAAUGGCUCUCCUCGCUUCCCGGGACCUUAGCUCCCACCUGCAUAAUCACCACCACCCUCAUCAUAUUCACCGUCAUCCCCAUCAUAAUCAGCAUCACAACACCAACAACAGCAAUAGCAACAACAACAACAACCACAUCAUGCGUGGGCGUACUUCUAGAGUCGAAAAGUCUAUCGAAGCUAGCUUGGCCAACGUCGAUCCUAGUGCCAAUGUUCGUUCCCGCAAGUCAAGCCACUACCUUGGGCUCUUCAAGGAAAACACAGGCGAGCCAGAACGCAGGAAGAGCAUUGCUCCAGAACUCGCCUCUCUUGACGAGCUCCAGGGUGUCGGUGUGGGUGCAGGCGCCGCCCGGCCGGAUACCUCUUCAGACGAAUCGCCAGCCGUCGUCCCCAAGGAGCUUCUAGACGAGAUCCGGAGCCACCAGCAUCGCCGCCAGGAUGGUGCAUCCCCCACCAAUGGAGCUCAGCCAGGGCUACCAAGGUCCAUUCCUUCUCGUGACACUCGAAUGCUCUAUCCCGGUCACGCGCUCGAGGGCUUCUCUCCAGAUUCAGACUUUGCUGCCGCCCGACCUGGCCUGGCCGAAUCGGUGUUUGAGGACGAUGACGAGGACAAAGAACGUAUUUCCUCUGCACUCUACUUCCCGCACCAGCGCCCUCUCGAAGCUGCAGACAAGGAUGCCGGUAACAAACUGCAGCCGGAACAGCCACUCUCCUCCUCCCCGGCCAACCUAAAGCCCUCCCUCAGCGAGACCAACCUGGUCGACAUCUCCCUCUUCUCAAAGGCUGAAAAAAGCCAUUUCACCGGUGACCUGCGCAAGACCAUCCCCGAGCCUAUAGAGCCGCCUGUCUCUUCCUCUGACCCUCACGCCGUCUCCGUACCUUCCGGCGCGGCCGCUGUCGUGGUCGAACCAGCCACCGACAUCUCUGAGUCCGACUACCUCUCUGCCUCAGAAAGCUACACCUCCACCACUCACGACGAACCAGAGGACGACGACGACCUAUCCUCCCACGAUGAGGCGGCGGCUGGAACAACUCCCCGGGGUACUCCCAGGCCAUCUCGCCCCCAGAUCAAGCAUCCUCAGUCUCAGCACAUACGCUCGCCGACUACUCCCCUCGGUGCCGUCGAGCUGAAGCCUUACCGCCACCAGGUCGGCGGCCACACCACCGUCUUCCGCUUCUCCCGGCGUGCAGUGUGCAAACAGCUAAACAACAGAGAAAACCAGUUCUAUGAACGUAUCGAGAAGAGGCACCCGGAGAUGCUCGUCUUUCUCGCCAGAUAUAUUGGUGUUCUGAACGUGACUUUCUCCAAGGGAUCGAAGAAGCCCAGCAAGAAGGAUAACAACAGGGAUAACAAGGAUGACAAUGCUGCCGUCACAUCAGAGCCUGCAGCAGCCAAGUCUACAACAACCGUUGAUGCCCAAACCUCUGCCGUCACCACCUCUACCCCGUCUUCCCCGCCUAAGCGCACUGAGUCAGGCAAGGCUAAUAAUGGCCAACGCAUCUUCAGCCAGUCCCAAGUUACCGGGGUAAUACCCAAGGUCAUCCUGGAGAACAACCGCCACAUCAUCCCCUUUGACCUCUUCAUGACCCCCCACUCCACCAAGUCUACCAGCGGCAGCGGACAUGCUACACCCACCCAGUCUCACUGUGGCUCGCUCGAGGAUGUUUCUGCCAAUCUCACCUGUUCACCCAAGUCGACACCUGAACUCAAUGGCGAGUCCGACAAGCCUGCAGCAUCCAUGACAUGGGGUGCCACCACCGUCAACACAAAGCUCCAGGAACAGGUUCUGCGAGAGGUCUUCACUCCUCCCACCAUACACUCGCACCAUCAACGCCGUCACCGUGGCCCAAGAAACAUUCCCAAGCUACGAUCUGGUGCCUCUUCCCUACGUAAGGAUGGGAAACUCUUGCCUCUGCAUAGGGGACGCAGCGAACUCUCCGUCUCCGCAGCUGGUAAUCCCACUCUUUCCUCUUCUGCUACAGCUUCAAUGCAAGAGGAUACAGCCACCCGAGUGUCUGGCCAGCGUCGUCGACGGAGACACUCUGGUUCUGGCCUCGAGAGGAAACGCAGCAUGAGCACCGGUCCCGGCGAUCUUAUGUUCUACGAGGACGAAGGAUACGGUGGAGACAAGGAGGACGAGAUCUUUAAGAUGGAAGAUGAUGUACGUCCGCCUGUCAAGUCUGAUAGUACCCCUACCAGAGGACGCGAGCAGGUUACCCUUCCUGUCUCCCUAGGCACAUCAACCGGCGAACCCGUACGUCUACCCACCAACCCAAAGGAAGCCCAAAAGACCACCACCAGCGAGGACCGUGUGCAAUUCUUCCUGCUGCUCGAGGACCUCACCGCCGGAAUGAACAAGCCCUGUGUUCUGGACCUGAAGAUGGGCACCCGUCAAUACGGCAUCGACGCCGAUGAGAAGAAAAAGAAGUCUCAACGCCGCAAGUGUCAGAGCACUACCUCCCAGCAACUCGGCGUUCGACUCUGCGGCAUGCAGGUCUGGAACGUCAGCAAGCGCGAGUACCUCUUUGAAGACAAGUACUUUGGCCGUGACCUCUCAUCUGGCCGCGAAUUUCAAGAUGCCCUCACCCGCUUCCUCUACGAUGGAGCAGACUAUACUUCGGUCAUCGGCAAAAUUCCCAUCAUCCUUGACAAGCUCUCCCAGCUCGAAAGCAUGAUUGUCCGUCUCCCCGGCUACCGCUUCUACGCCUCUUCCCUGCUCAUCCUCUACGACGGGGACCGUGACCGCUCCUCCAACUCCCCCUCAUCUCCCUCCAAGGACUCAAAAUCCCAACGCACUAUCUUCGAAACACACUCAGACUCCUCCCUUCCCAACCCAUCAAACCUCACGCUGAAAAUCGUCGACUUUGCAAACUGCGUCACUGGCGAAGACGGCAUCCCACCUUCAUCCCGCUGCCCACCACACAACCCCUCCGAUAUCGAUAGAGGGUACCUCCGCGGCCUCCGCACGCUACGCAUGUACUUCCAGCGCAUCCUACGCGAAGUCAGUGCUAGCGUUGGUGAAAACUAUGUCGAACGUGGAGAAGGCGAGGCACUCUCCGCGGCACCCUCGAGCGUUGUUGGAGCCGGCCGGGAAAGAGGAGACGCAUGGGCAUGGGAUGAAGCACUGGGCGAGCUAGAGGAGGGGGAGAUCAGUGUAUAA